AUGACUGGUUUGUUUUCAUUUGACGAGGAGAAACUCGCCAAGGAUUUCAAUGAUACCAUAAUAGAAGACGAACUUGACCCGAAUGAGCUAGAUGCAAAACCUUUCGAUGGUAAUAUACUCCAAGUCCAUACUGAAACAACAUUUCCAAGAAGAAAGUCGUCGGUCUACAGAAGGUUAUCAAUUAAAUCGGCAGCUUCGGUAACGUCCCAGGAUUUCAUAAUUCCGGCAAAUUAUCAAUAUUCAGAUGAAGGAAACCCUGAAUCAAAUGUGUCUAAACGUAGAAAAGUAUUAAGUGAUUUUACACCUAUAAAAGUUUUGGGAAAGGGAGCAUAUGGGAAAGUUCAUUUGGUACAGGAUAGACAUAACAAGAGGCUAUUUGCCCAAAAACAAUUAAGAAAACCAACUAUUAAUAUACAUGAAGAGCAAGGUGACAUCCACACAAAGCAUGUCAAGCGGACUAUUUCCGAAAGGAAAAUUCUAACCAAUAUCACACAUCAUCCAAAUAUCGUGAAAUUGUUCUAUGCGUUGCAAGACUCAGACAAGUUUUAUCUCAUUUUAGAAUAUAUUCCGGGAGGUGAGUUGUUCCAUCAUUUGACGUCAAACAACUCGCUCGGGAAUGUUUUCAAAGAAGAAGAUGUUGCAUUUUAUGCAGCGCAGAUGGCUCUUGGCUUGAAGCACUUGCAUGAGUUAGGGAUUGUCUAUAGGGAUUUGAAGCCAGAGAAUUGCUUGUUAAAUAGUGCUGGCCAUUUAGUAUUAACAGACUUUGGCCUCUCCAAAAGUAUAGGAGAAGACCCCGAAAACAGCUGUAAGUCCAUCAUAGGCACGCCUGAAUACAUGGCUCCGGAGAUUUUGAAAGGAGAUGAAUAUGAUUACCUGGUCGACUGGUGGUCUUUGGGUUGCGUCAUAUACGAUAUGAUGACUGGCAAGCCACCAUUCACCGGUAACUCACAUAAAGUCAUCCAAGAUAAAAUAAUUAAGAACAAAUUGAAAAUGCCCUUUUACUUUUCCAUGGAUGCGAAGGACCUUUUAAACAAAUUAUUGAACAAAAACCCUGCCAAGAGAUUUCCUGUUGACGAAAAAUGGUCCAUAUUUGAAAGCCAUAGGUUCUUCCGCAAACUAAACUGGAAAUCCUUAAAAGCCCAAGACGAUUCCUGCAAUCCCCCCAUUAUUCCGGUCAUUACAGAUCCUAUAUUGGCUGAGAAUUUUUCAGAAGAGUUUACAAGUAUGGCUAUUAGCGAUUUUGGUGGAGAUCAAGGUAUAAACAUACCUCACAAUUCGGACUACAAUAUAAAUUAUUCGUUCAAAGGCUUUAGUUACACGGCUAGUAAUAGUUUUGUAGAUAGAUUUUGUUAG